UGCAAAACCUGUAAACAAAGAAGAAGGCGAUUUAUAUUUAUAUUUAGAGAAAAAAAGAAAAAGAAAAAGAAGAAGUUCAAUCGAUGGCUUAUUUAUGUUCAGAAACUUUCAUUCUCUUUAUCAUUUCAAUCUUUUGUUCCAUAUGUCUUUCGUUUUCUACUCCUUUCAUAGUUUUGCAUGGGCUUGGACAGUCGUGUAAUGAUGCAGGAAGUACAUUUUAUACGUCACAACUCAGCCUCUUGUCGAGAUCUAAUGGAUACUGCUUAGAAAUUGGAAAUGGAGCGUAUGAUUCCUACAGCAUGCCUCUAGACAAUCAGGUUCAAAUUGCUUGUGAAAAGGUGAAGGGAAUGAAUGAACUCCAACAAGGUUACAACUUAGUUGGUCUCUCACAGGGAAAUAUGGUAGCAAGAGGGCUUAUAGAGUUCUGUGAUGGAGCACCUCCAGUCAAGAAUUUUAUCUCAAUAGGUGGACCUAAUGCUGGUGUUGCUGAUGCUCCUGCUUGCGCUGGUGGCCCUUGGUGUGCUGGAGCUGGUGGUGCCUCUGGAAUUGGAAUAUACUCUGAUUAUGUUCAAGCUCAUUAUGCUCCUAGUGGCUAUACCAAGCUUCCAAAUGAUAUUGCUGGAUACUUGAGAGGUUGUAGGUAUCUGCCAAAGCUUAAUAAUGAAAUUCCUAAUGCAACUAAUCCCAUUUAUAAGCAACGUUUCACCAGUUUGCAGAACCUUGUCCUUAUCAUGUUUGAAAAUGAUAAUGUGAUAAAUCCAAAAGAAAGUUCUUGGUUUGGCUUUUAUCAAGAUGGAACCUACUCUCAAAUUUUGCCACCGCAACAGACUAAUCUUUAUCUAGAGGACACGUUUGGAUUACAAACAUUGGAUAAAGCUGGAAAAGUGAAGUUCAUAAAAUUACCAGGAUAUCACCUUGGAAUGGAUAUUCAAGAAAUGCAACAAUAUGUUGCCCCAUAUUUGAUUGAUGGACCACCAAAUAAUAAAGCUGCUGCUCAAUUUGUUCACUGAUUAAAAAAGAAAUCUUUUUAAGGACUAUGGUGCUAUAAAAUAAAUACUACUAAAGUGUCCUCAAGUAAUUUUAGUUUAAGUUUUGUGAUAGAAUAUAUUAAUCUAAAUCAAGUUUUUGUUAGAUAUGAAGAUUAGCAGACUGCU